AUGAGGAAAGUUCCUCUUAUUUAUCCUCGUGGCACUUAUAGAAAGCAGCCUUUCUACUACAGAGGUGGAGACCCGUAUAAAGAACAAGAAUAUAUUAAUGGAGAAGCAAUAAAAGCUAUUAACGAAUUUAAGCGUGCUAAAAAAGACCUUUUAGCAGCACAAGAGCAAUAUACAGAAGCAGAAGGAGUUCAAAAUGCUGCUGAUGAGUAUACUGUUCAAAUUGCAAGAAAUCUUGGCUCAAGAUCCAAAAAUACGCAAGAAAACUCGAGAUUGAGGCAAACAAUUAUCGAAUCAGAGCAAAAUCUUUCAGAACUAGAUCAAGAGCUCGCAAAUCUUGAGCAAAAGACAUCUCAUGCAGAAAUGUUACCAAUAAUUAACGAGCACGCUCAAUACAAACCGGAUUUAAGAGACUUAAAUCAUUCAGUAGAAACCAUACAAAACAAAGUAACCAACAGUAAGCGCGAAAUCGCAACAACUUUAAUAUCUCCAAAUUAUUGUUAUUCAUGCGAUACAUUAACAGAAUUUACUGUAGCAGAGAAGUUCAGAAACUUACUUAAAUCAGAAGUCAACAAGCAAUUCUCAAAUCAAGGCUCCAGAAAGACCAAAUCAAUUGCAAAGAAUUCAACAUUGGCAAAUUCAUCAUUAAAGAACGGUGUAGGUAAAGCAAUUGCUAAAUCUCUCGAUACUUACGUAGAUACUCAUCUCGCUUUAUCAGAAAGUGAGAUACAUUUGAAAUUAGCCAAAUUACACGAACAAUAUGCCACAGAGAACUUAUUAAUACAGAUAGAAGACAUGAAUGCCAUUGCCCAUCUCGAUUUAGACAUAGAUGCCAUCAGAGAAGCUGUCAAAAUGGAUUACGAAGAUGGCCAAGAAGAAAGUUUCCAAACAGAGAAAUAUUCAUUACAAGAAGAGGAAGAAGAUGAUUUCCUAAGUGAUGAAUUCGAGAAAUCUUCCAUCAAAGAGGAAGAACAAUCGAGUUUGUCGUAUAAAAGUUCAAGUCAUUCGAAACUUGCACCAUCAUUUAAACAAAAAACGAAAUUCCCAAGGAAAACAUACAAAAAGAAGAAAUCUCCAAAGAAGAAAGACCUCAACAACAAUGCUCCGAUGUUUGAGACAGAGCAGAUGAAGACAGCACUCUCGUCAAGUGAUGUUGAAGAUGAUUUGUCUGAUAAAGAAGAAAAAAGUUCAACUGAAAACAAAAGUGAAGUCAAAGAAAACAAAAACGAAGAUGAAGAAGAUUUUAAACUUGAUACAACGAAGAUCAUGGAAGCAUCUGUUGACAGUGAUGAUUCUUACGUAAAAGAAUUACUUAAAGAAGAAAAAGAAAAAGAUAAAGGUUUAGUUACUUCUUCAUCAGAACAAAAAUCCCAAAUUGAAGAAAAUCAUGACAAAAACAAAGAGAAAUCUGAUGAUUUUGACUCAUUCGAGAAUUCAAAUCAUCAAGAAGAAAAUCAUGAUCAAAAGAAAGAAGAAGAAAAAUCAGAAGAUGACUUCGAAAACAGUGAAAAGAAAGAAGAAAAUCAUGAUCAAAAGAAAGAAGAAAACGAACCUAAAAUGUCAACAAUUUCUGAUGCAAUUCAACAAAAAAUUGAAGAAAAACAAAAAGAUGAUGAUUUCGAAAUUGAAGAAACAAAAAGUGACAAAAAUGAUGAAAAACCAUUUGGAGGCUUAGCUGAAGCUCUUCAAAACAAAGCAGAAGAAGGAGAAGAAAAAGAAAAGAAAGAAGAGGAAAAUGCAAUAAAGCAAAAUCCUGUUUUGAGUGAAGUAUUAAUGCCAAAAGAAGAAGAGAAAACUAAAGAAUUAAAAGAUGAUUUUGAAUCAGAAGAAAAACAAAAAUCUGAAAUUCAAAAUGACUUUGAAUCAGAAGAAGCAAAGAUUCCUAUAGAUAACCUUCUCAAACCAAAAGAAGAAGAAAAACCUAAAGAAGAAAUUAAAGAUGAUUUCGAAUCAACAGAAUCAAAACCUAAAUCAGAUUCAGAGAAAUCUAAAUCAUUACUUGGAAAUCUUCUGAAACCAAAAGAAGAAGAAAUUAAAGAUGAUUUUGAGUCUGAAGAAAAGAAAGAAAAUUCGAAAUCAUUACUUGGAAAUCUUUUGAAGGAAGAAGAAAAGAAGGAAGAUGAAAAGCCAAAGGGACUCUUAGGACAACUUGCAGAAACAAUCAAACCUAAAGAAGAAGAGAAACCAAAAGAAGAUGAAGAAUUUAGUUUGGAUGAUGAAGAUUUCGAAAACGUUUCUAAGAAUGAUGCAAAUGUUUCUCAAAUUGAUGAAACUCACAAAGCAAUUAAAGAUGAGCUAAAUAUAUCAGAGAUAAAAGGAAAUAACGAAGAAAGAAAAUCUGAUGCAAAGAUAUCCGACAACGAAUUUAACGAUUUUCCAGAUGACAAGAAAGAAUCUAAGAUUGAUGAGAAACAUGAUGAUUUUGAUACUGCAAUCGAAGGAAGUGACGACCUUUCUUAUUCUGAUAUUUGA